AUGGCCGCCGGAAGUCCACCAAACAUUGCAGGCUGCACUCCACCGGUUCAUCUCCAGAGCAAUACCGAUGUCGAGAAUGAGCCUCAGCCGCUGUCUCGUCCCGCAUCCACCAAGCUUCGCUUCCUCGCUCAAGCUCCACCACUCAAGACUACAACCACCUCGGCAGCACAGUCUGAAUACGGCAGCAGACGCAGCUCUUAUAUAACCCCAAUAGACCAGAUUCUCCCGGAAGACCACAUCGAUCCGGACACGUUUGGCGUGGUCGAGGAGCGAGAUGGCUUCUUUGACGCCUUGUUUCUCAAACACACGCCGUUGAUGCCGCAAGGCUUUAUAGAACGAUCAAGAGCAUCGCUGCCCGCUGCUUUCGAUAAGGAUUCACCUCUGGCAGCUAGUCGGUUUAUACCAAGACAGAUUCGUGGGAUCAAAUCGGUGCUCAGACGUAUCGCCACAACUCGAACCGGCAUUCGUCUGCUCAGAUCCUUUACCGCCUAUUUCGCAGCCUACAUCCUAUGCUUGAUACCAGCUGUCCGAAGGUGGCUUGGUCCGACUCACUACAUAAUCGCCGUCUCAGUCAUCCUGAACCACCCAGCCAGGAGUUUGGGUGCCCAGGUUGAAGGUGCUAUCUUCACCACUAUUGGGACUGCAGCUGGGAUUGGGUGGGGAGUUACCGGUCUUUUACUAUCUACAUCGACCACUGCCGCCAGUAAUGGUUACGGUGGCAUUCUGGCACUUUUCCUCGCUCUGUUCAUGGCUGUGGUGGCAUGGACGCGUUCGUUUUAUGCGAGAUUCUACCAGAUGGUCGUGUGCGCAGGCGUAGCAAUCAUCUUCACUGUCUUGGCCCAGACUCAAGGCAACAUCAUUGUGUGGGAGAAACUGAGAAACUAUGCUGUUCCCUGGCUUUUGGGACAAGCCAUUGCGCUGCUGGUGAACUGUACCAUAUUCCCUGAUGCUGGCGCGAGACCGCUUGCUCUUGUUUUCCACAAUUCAUUUUCCCUCAUGCUGGAGGCUAUCGUGAUCCCACGUCCACGAGAUACCAGAUUCAGGCGAAGUUUAGUGCGUGCGUUUGUGGACCUAUCUGCCGCCAACCGUGAGAUGCAUACCAGUCUCACCAUUACACGAUUCAAGCCGAACGAUGUGAAAGACUUGAGAAAUAUCAUGCAAGCCGUCAUCCGUGCUCUGUUGGCCAUGGAAACGGAGAGUGCGCUCUUCAGCGAGACCGAUGAUGGCCAAGUCCCUAUAUCGGAUGUAACACGCACUGUGAUUCGAAAACUGGCAAAGCCUACCAAGGAGAUUCUCGCAUGCAUGAACCUUGGCUUGCAGACAAGCCAAGCCGCACUGAUGGACCUGUCGGGCUACCGACAAUAUCUUGGCCCUCCAAUGGCCGUUUCAAAUGACAUUGCCCCAGUUCAAGUCCGAAUGAGGACUGCCAAAGCCAUCUUCGACGGCGUCGAGUCGGAACUCCUCGAAUCGGGCCAGCUACCCUCAUCAUCGAUGAACGACUCAGCCGUUGUCCAGCUAUUCAUCUUUGCAAGACAUCUUCGCGAAACUGCAACCACAAUCGAGAGCCUCAUGGGUAAAGUAUACACCAUGCAGCAAUGUUCCAACUGGCCACGGCCUCACCUACCUUCAUAUCCACUCCACAAAGCCGUACACUGCGUCAAUCCUCAGGUCACCCAUGACCGAGGCGGAGCCACAGCCGGAUCAUACCACAAGAACAGUCUAGGCUACAAAAUCUGGCAAGUUAUGCACCUUCUCCAAGGCUACGAGAGCCGAUACGCCUUUAAAGCCGUUUUAGUCACGUCCCUCCUUUCAAUCCCCUCCUAUCUAAGCUGGGACAAAGUCUGGUGGGACGAGUACGAGGCAUGGUGGGCUGUUACCAUGAGCUGGCUCCUCAUCCACGCUCGUGUAGGCGGCAAUGUUCAGGACUUGAUUGCCAGAGCUGUCCUGGCUAUACUAGGUGCCGUAUGGGCUGGGAUAUCACAUGCCGCGGGAGAUGGAAACCCUUACGUAGUCGCAGUUUUUGCAACCAUUUUCAUGGUGCCCAUGCUAUAUCGAUUUACGCUGAGCUCACAUCCGAGAUCUGGUCUCGUUGGCUGCUUGUCUUUCACAGUCAUUUCGCUCCAGCUCCAGGCCGGCAACUUGCCUUCUUCGCCAGCCCUAACCGCCGUCUAUAGAGGCGUCAUAUUCCUCGUUGGUACGACCGCGCCCAUCGUGGUGAACUGGUGUUUGUGGCCAUUUGUCGCAAGACACGAACUCAGGAAAUCGCUGUCUUCAAUGCUAUUCUUCCUAAGCAUCAUUUACCGAAACGUCGUGGCAAAAUACAUUUACUUCGAGGAAGGCAAAGAGCCCACACCAGAAGACAUAGUCAAAUCCGAAAUCCUCGAGGGCCGCAUCAGAGAAGGCUUCGUACGCAUCAGACAGCUCCUCGUCAUGACCCGUCAUGAAGUCCGCCUUCGCAGCCCUUUCAACCCCCUUCCAUACUCCGGCCUGGCAGAUUCCUGCGAACGCUUCUUCGACUAUCUCAUCGCCGUGCGCCAAUCUGCCGUCUUCUAUAACCCAGACUAUAUCCGCGACGACCCCGUUGCCGCACAGCGCCUCCUUGGCUUCAGAAGAGAUGCUGUGGCAUCCAUCCUAGCAAACUUAUACAUCUUCGCCGGGGCUCUCCGUGCCAACAGAAAAGUCCCACGAUACCUCCCCAGCGCCGCCGCAGCAAGAAGAAAGCUCCUCCUAGAAACCGCCGCCGUGGAGGAUGAAAUGGCCCAAACCAGCCACGAGAGCGACGUCCGAUGGCACAAGAAGUGGAGCGACAUAUACAGCUACUCGUACAACGAGAGUCUUACGGGCUGCGUGGCCCAGCUAGAAGAGCUGGAGAAGUUCACCAAGCUCAUUGUAGGCGAGCAAGGGUAA